GUAAUAGCAUGGCAGUAUGGCUUGAGUUGCCCUUUCGGUCAACCUAAGAGAACAAAAUCAGAUUUUCUUGUCCAAGAGCAACACGCUAGGUUAAGAUGUUCCUGCUAUGAUCUCAAGAAUCUGCUCAUAAGCGAUCCGCCUUCUUACUUACUUUGUGCGGGUUCUGAUUUCGCGUUCUAAUAUUCUGUCAAGAUCUUUCAAAUCUAUUUGCUAGGUAUGGGUGAAGGCAGGAAACGAGAUCGGGAGCGAUGGAGCCACGAUGUGUUUAUCAAUUUCCGUGGGGAACUUCGAGAUAAUUUUGUAAGCCAUUUGGAGAAGGCUUUCAAAAGUAAUGGGAUACACAUAUUCAAGGACGAUGAUGCACUAAAAGCAGCAGAAAAGAUCAACACAGAGCUCUCGAAGGCAAUUAAAACCUCCAAAGUUCACCUUGUCCUUUUAUCCAAGACGUAUGCUCAUUCAUCUUGGUGCUUGGAUGAACUUGCGGAAAUUUUUGAAUGCAGCAAAAAGGAUGCCGGACAUAUGGUAGUCCCAGUUUUCUACAAGGUUGACCCAUCCGAUGUACGCAGACAAAAAGGAUCAUUUGGUGAACCCUUUGAGAAACACAAAAGCCGUCACCCAGGGAGCAAGUUGCAGAAAUGGAAGGAAGCUUUAACACAAGUUGCAAACCUGUCUGGUUUUGUCACGGGAAACUACAGGGAUGAAGCAAAGUUGAUCGACGAUGUAACUAAAGAAGUUGGGAAAAUGUUGUCUGUUUCAUACUUGCCUUUACCAACAUAUGCCGUUGGGGUUCGAUCACGUUUACACCGUAUGAAUGAGCUAAUGUGCUUUGGUUCGGAUGAUGUUCAAGUCAUUGGGAUCAGCGGAAUGGGUGGGAUUGGUAAAACAACGCUGGCCAAGGCUGCAUUUAAUAAAUUCUCAGAUCGUUUUGAAGGAACAAGUUUCCUAGAAAACUUUGGAGAUUGCUGCAAGAAACCUGAAGGGAAGGUUCAUCUUCAGCGAAAACUUCUUUCUGAUAUCUCAAGAAGGGAUGACAUACUGUUCAACAUGGAAGACGCCAUGGAAAAAAGAUUCCGCAAUAAAAGAGUAUUAGUUGUUAUUGAUGAUCUUGAAGACCUGACGCAACUUAAUUCAGUCGCAAUAGAUUUGAGCUGCUUUGGUCCAGGAAGCAGGAUCAUCGUUACAAGCAGGAACACACAUUUGUUAUGGCAGCUCGGAGCAAAAAAUAUAUAUUCACCGAAAGAACUUGAUUAUGGUGAAUCCCUUGAGCUCCUCAGUUGGCAUGCCUUCAGAGCAAGUGAGCCUCCUGAAGCGUUUCUACAGCUCUCAGAAAAGUUGGUUGAAUACUGUGGAGGACUACCCUUGGCUAUGGAAGUCUUGGGUGCGUCCCUCUUCAAGAGAAGCAUUUCAGAGUGGGAAACCACGUUGCAACGGCUGAAGAAUAUACCCGAAGAUAACAUUCAAGCAAAGCUUAAGAUCAGCUUUGAUGGGCUAAGUCAAGUGCAGAAAGAUAUAUUCUUGGAUCUUUCUUGCUUCUUCAUCGGGAUGGAGAAAGACUAUGUAAGUUGCAUAUUGGAUGGAUGCAAGCUAUAUCCUGAGAUAGGACUCAGUGUGCUAAAGGAGAGGUGCCUCAUUACAGUCCGGGAUAACAAGAUAGUGAUGCAUAAUUUAUUACGAGACAUGGGAAGAGAUAUUUCGCGGAACAAGUGUGGAAAAUGGAGUAGAUUGUGGGAUCCUGAUGAUGCUCGUUAUGUCUUGGCAAACGACUAUGUAAAUGGAACUGGUGCAACUAAAGGUCUCACCCUGAAGGUCGAAGAUCCGGCUACUGAGAUCUUGGAGGUAAAAGCAUUUUCAAAAUUACCAGGGCUGAAACUUUUACAACUCAGUAAUGUAUCGCUCAGCGGAAGCUAUGCACAUUUUCCUAAAGAUUUACGAUGGCUUUACUGGCUUGGGUGUCCUUGGGACUCUGUGCCAAUAAACUUACAUUUGAGAAAUUUAGUUGUCAUGGAUAUGCAGUACAGCAACCUCAAACGACUUUGGGAUAAUCAAGAGCAGCCGCAGUUCCUUGAGCAUCUAAAACACAUCAAUCUCAGUCAUUCUGUCCACCUCACAGAGACUCCAAACUUCUCUUAUCUCCCAAACCUCGAGAAGCUGGUCUUGGUAAAUUGUAAAAGUUUGGUUCUGGUUCACAAGUCGAUAGGGACUCUUCACAAAAAGCUGGUGCAUUUAAAUCUUAAAGGUUGCACUGAACUCGGAGACCUCCCUUCGGAACUCUAUACAUUGAAGGCACUGGAAACACUAAUUCUUUCAGGCUGCACGAAACUUGAGAGAUUGGAUGAUGCUUUAGGUGCAAUGGAAUCCUUGAGAGUUCUUAAAGCUGACUAUACCGCUCUAUCGCUAUUUCCCUCUUCGGGUGAUCAACUGAAAAACCUGGAAGAAUUAUCUCUUGAUGGCUGCAAAGGAUUAUGGAAAGGCAAAAGCCCUCUAGCUGCUGUAUCUCUUCCAUUUUCGUUUAACCGUUUAGGCUGCCUGAAGACUUUGAGUUUAGGCUUCUGUGGUCUAUCAGAUGAGUUGGUUCCUGUAAAUCUUCGGAGCAUGUCUUGUCUCGAGGAACUUGAUCUACGAGGCAACAACUUUCGUAACCUGAAGACGGAUUUUGCUGGUCUUUUGAGUCUACUGGUCCUGAAAUUGGAUAGCUGCUUUGAACUUCAAUCCAUGUUUAGUUUACCAAAAACGUUGAGAUCUUUCUAUGCGAACGACUGCAUCAUGUUGGAAAGAACUCCAGAUUUAUCAGAAUGUGUGGCGUUACAAGCGUUGUACCUCACAAAUUGUUUAAGCCUUGUUGAGACGCCGGGUCUGGAUAAACUGAAAAGGGUUGGAGUCAUCCACAUGGAAAUGUGCAAGCGCAUUCCACAUACUUAUAUAGAAAGAAUCAUGCAGGGCUGGGCUGUGAAUGCCAAUGGGGGAAUAUUUAUCCCCGGGUGUAGUCUUCCAGACUGGGUGAGCUUCAAGAAUGAGACCAAUUCAAUCUCUUUUACGGUGCCUGAAACUCGGGAACUUGAUCCGGUCGGGUUUACCGUGUGGACACCAUAUAUGAGCCAGCAAAACAACCAGAUGUCUGAAUAUUCUCCAAAGAUCACACUGAAGAAUCAAACCAAAGGAACCGUAUGGAGUCGCAAGCCAGCCACAGAUCAGAUUCGUAUGUACCAUGAACGACACAUCUGGCAAGGACACUUUUUAAAUGAAGAUUUCAACUUAGAAACGGGCGGUCAAAUAGAAGUUGCUGUGGAUUUUGGGGAUCAACUCACCAUUCUUGGGACAGGACUACGUCUUGCUUACAAUGGGCAUGAUCAAUCAGUGGCUAGAGUUUCACAUGAGAAGAAAUCAAAAUUCCAUCUACGUAGCAGGCUAUGAGCAAAAAUUUGAACAGGUCUUUUCUUUCUAUAACUUAUUAACACUUGAUGAGUUGCAGUUAUUACAGAAGCCAAACCACCCGAGUUACAGAAACCACGAUAAGAGAAACAUACAAGGACUUGAAAAAGCUUGACAGUCCAUAGAUCUUUCUUUAUCUACGAGCGUACAUGCUAUCUCACUCAGGGCAGCUUUUGUCUUUCUAUUUUUUUGUACCCUUUAUAAGUUUCUUACUAAUGCCUUGUAGAAAAACAUAAAGUUGUACUGUAUGUGAAUUUGUGAACUCAGUUUGUUUGUGACUUUGUCUUAUGAAUACAAGAUCAUUCCAUUUUGUUUU